GCUGUGUUAACGUCUGACUGUUUUGCGCUGCAACAUAAAAUAAUCUAGGAUUGCGACAAUAAAACAUUUGCGUUAGUAAAAUAUAAAGUUCAUUUUGAUUUGAGUAAAUUUUGUCAUUGUGCACACGUUUUUCGUAUCAUAGUUUGAGAAAGAAGUAACAGCAUGGCGUCUCAUGUAGUUUGUGAAAUUUGUAAAUUCAGCGACACCAACAUACUAGAUCUUGGGGAAUGGUUAACAUUCGAAGAUUGUACGAUUCAUUUGUUUUGUGCCUUACUUUCAACGAAUUCUGUGCAAAAUGGUGACGACGACACCGAAUUGGCUGGUUUCCUUGUGAAAGACAUUCGAGAUCUGGUCGAAAAACACAAUAACACCAAAUGUUAUUACUGCAAAGGCAUUGGAGCAACAGUUCGUUGCAAGACAAAAAAAUGUGGUCGGUUUUUUCACGUCAUUUGUGGUGUACAACAUGGAUGUUUGUUUAUAUUCAAGGAUGAUUUCCGAACAUACUGCCAUCGACAUGUCGCGAUCACAGAAAAGUAUAAAAAACAUAAUGCUGCAUGGAAGUGUCAAAUUUGUUUCGAUCCAAUGGGAGAAUAUAAUAAAAUUACGAGCAUCCCAUCGUGCUGCGAUCAAGGCUAUUUCCACAAAAAAUGUAUGCAACAGAACGUAAGAACUGCUGGCUUGGUAGCAAAAUGUCCAUGUUGCGGUAAUGCUGAGGAUGAGAAAGGAAAAAAAUAUCUACAUUUUUUGCAACAACGUGGUAUUUAUUGUCCGGAAAAAGAUGCAGACUGGGAACGAACUGGUGCGUACAAGGAUAUUGAGGGUCUCACGUAUAAAUGCGUUGCCGAAAUAUGCCGAUGUCCCAAAGGCCGCAAUUAUUAUGAUGAAGAAGGACAAUGGUUGGUUGACAGAUGCCGUUAUUGUGGCGAUAGUGGUAAUCAUGUCGCCUGUCGCGUUUCUAACAUAAAUGAAACAUUUGAAUGUUCUGAUUGUCGACAUAAAACGUUGAUCUCAGUGCAAACGACAAGCACCAACAAAAACACAACUAGAAGCGAGGCCAUCAAUGACAAACCAAAAACGACAAUACAGCGGCGCAAACGACGACACGAAUUUGAAUCGGAUGAAAAUAAAGUUUGGAAAUUGGUCAAAACCGAUUUGCUUCCGUUUCGAAAUACGUCAUUUAUGCUAACAACUUUGGAUGAAAAGGUUCAUGUCGAUCCACUGUGCAGGGAGCAAGAAGAAGAAAUGCGUCAGGCGCGUCUGAAAUUGUUCAUCGAUAAAGCUGACUUUUCAGCAAAACCACCACCAUUCCCAUGGCUUGCUUGAAACGUAAUAUUGGCAUUUGUCAUUUUUCAGCUUAACGAAGCUGAAUAUGAUAUUUGAAUUCUUCCAAUAAUUAGAAUUUAUUUUGAAUAUUGAAAAUUAAAUAAAAAAAAAUAGAAUAAUGUAAGUAUCAUUGAAGUGAAUAAGAACACAUAAAUGUGCAAAUAAUGGUUUUGUUUUUUUAUUGCACCGUUUGUUUAAUUUACCUAGAACUUCAAAGAUUUCAUGUAUUGAACUCAUCCAAUUCAACAAAAAUAAAAGCCAAAUAUUUAAAACUA